CCGCGGCGGGAACAUUCCUCUUCCUCUGGGGGGGGUGGUGGUGGAGGAGCCGAUGCCGAAGAAUGCGUCCGCUGACAGACUUGUAAAGAGCGCACUGCAGGACAAGCACAGUGGGAAAAAGGUGGGCAACGCUAAUUUAACAUUUCCGACACGUUCCCGGUUGUACGGGGUGCGCGUAUAGGCUUGCUGAUAAAUUAAUGAUCGCUGGUUAAAAUCGCACGCACGGCACUAGGACGCGCUCGACUUCCCUCGCCAAAUCUAUUUUUCCCGUUUCCCCUCGAUGUGUGCGAUGCAAAAGUGAUUGAGAUUUCCCUCCUUUAGAAAGGUUUAUUUUUGUUUUUCUCUGUCGAUUACCUGUCAGCAGGAUGUGACAGCAUGCCUGUGUUGCAUUUGUACUCUGUGGUCUCGGCAAAUAUGUGUGCGUGUGUUUGUGUGCGCGCGGAGCUCGGCUUCCUGCACAAAAGGUGCGGGUUACAGAGGAGCAGACGGCUCCGGAGCGGCUUCCCCGGCUCUCACGAUGGGCGCGCGCACCACAAGGAGCGUCUCUGCAUGGCGCGCGCACGAGCCGCUUCUGGUGCCGUUGUCACAUCACUAUUUGGGGUCAGUAACAUUUGAUUUCUCUCUCAAGAAGUUCAGCUGCGCCGAACGGAGCGCUGGGCGUCUGGGCCUGCCGCGCAAUAGGCGGUGUCUGUUUAAACUUGAGACGUGCCGCUGCCACGCUCCUGUGCGCGCUGCUCUGUCGCCCAGGCCGCCGGAGGACUCAGCCCAAACAACCGAGAAUCAUGUUUGCUAAUCUGUAUCGCACCUUGUGCGUUUUGAGGCACGUAGUUUGGUUUUUCUUUUCCACGUCUCUCCAUUCUCGUGCCUUAUUAAAUCCUUUGUAUGGUUUCUGACAGCACUCUCCUCCCUUCUUCCCCCGUGAGCGCAGACUUCAGUAGGCUACAGUAGGCGGCUGUUUCUCAUAACUGCCUCUCCAAGUGGGAGGUGUUUUUUUUAUUUAAUCUACACUUUCCACCCCAAAGAAGCAGCAGCUUUAUCUCCUGUAGCUCCAAUAAGGUACAAUGCGCCAAUCCUGGAUCAGAACUCAAACUCAGCAGCCGUCCCUUUCUGGCCAGGAGAAUGAGCCAAUGGAAAUAGCCAGUGAAGAAGAAGAUCGGGAAGAGAAUGAAGAAGAAGAGGAGGAGGAGGAGGAGGAGGAGGAGGAGGAUGCCCGGAGUUCUGAUGAGGAGGGAGGACUAUCCCCAGUAGCCAUGACAACUGAACCAGGACUCAGUGAGAAAACCACAGAAGAUGUUGAGAAUGAGAUAGCAUCAAAGCAGGAGAGCCCCCACCAGCAGCAGCAUGGUGGCAAAGGAAUGGAUUCUUUUACCAAGACACUGUUUCCACCUGCUCAGGGAGCAUCACUGUCACCGUGUAACAGUGCACACUUGGAGGAGAGAGCUCUCAUCCCUGAUGAGCUACAUAUGGGAGUACAAGUAAGUGCAAGCAUGUGCAUCUGUGCUGUUGGUUUUUAUUUCCCACACAUUAUCAAAAAACCAUCAUAAUGACUCCCGCAGACAUUGGUGAUGAACCGUGUAGUCCAGCCAGGGAUCUGUCUCCCUCAUUCCUGUCAUCACUCUACUACUGUCUACUACUACUAUUACAAAGAAAGAGUAGAAAUGGCCCCAAAAUACUUAGAAAAUAU